AUGGAAGAAGAAGUAUCAGAUGAAUCAAUAUCAUUAGAGGAGGAGGAGGAAGAGGAAGAAGAAGAACUAGAUGAGAGCAUAGAGAUUGAGGUAGUGCAACAUGGUAGAGUAUUAAUAGAACACUCUAACCAAUUGAUGAAUGAAAUCAAGGCGAUGGAGAGUGGAAAGGAACUAUUUCAAGAGGGUAAAACAUUGGUAGACACUAUCAUGAAAAAGGAGGAAGCCAAACAACUGAUGGAGAAGGGUAUGGAGUUGUUGGCAAAGGCAAAGCAGAAUAAAGAGGCACAAGCAAUCCUUGGAGAAUACAAAGAUGUCUUGAACUACUUUAAGAAUGAAGAAAAGGUUAAAGACAUGUUGCAACAAGGAAAGAACCUUUUAGAGAGCAUCAAGUCAAAGGAUGCAACCGUAACAAGAGAACAAAUUGAAUCACUUUUCAAGAAUGGCAGUUCACUCAUCAAAGAGUUUAAAGACAAGGAACAAAGCUCACUCUACAUUGAAAGAAUGAAAAAGAUGUUCUUUGACAUCAAAGAAGAAGAGAAAACUAGAAUCACCAUUCAAAAAGGUAUUGCUGAAGGAAAGAAAUGGGUUGAUUCUUUAAAAGAAAAAGAUCCAACUUUUAAAUCAAUUGUUGAUGAAGGAGAAGAAAUAUUUAAUCAAUUAAAGGGUAACAAAGAAGUUACAUCAUUGUUGGAUGAUGGAAAGAGUGUAUUGUUGGACUUUUUAUCCGAUGAUUCCAAACAUUUCUCAAGAGAUAGUCCGGAAAUCAAAGCUUUGAUAGAGAGAGGUGGCAAGUUGGCUACAAAUGUACAUGAACAAAUUAAAUCAAACAAACUAGUUGGUGAAAUCACCCAAAAAGAAGAUUUCAAAAACAUCUUGGAAAAGGGUGGAAAGUUUGUAAAGGAAGUUAAAUCAAAACAACAAUUAAUUGACUUUUUAAAACAAAACAAAGAUUUUAUUAAAGAAAUUAAAAAUACAAUUGUACCAUUUAUAACAGAUCAAUUAUUAAAGGUUCAAAUACCAACUGUAAAUGGAGUUGCAAAAGGAUUUAAAUAUAGUAUAGCUAAACUUGUUUUUGCAGGCUUGGGAAUCAAACCUGAAAAUGUAAAUGUGGACUUUGGAGAGAAUAACAAGAGCAUCACUGUAUCGGUCAAUGACUUUACUGCACAACUUAAAAACUUUGAAUGGUCGUUUAAUCAAGAAGGUUUCCCAUAUUUCAAGGAUGUUGGUACUGCCAAUGCUGACGCUAGUCGUGGACGUUGUUCUAUCACCUUUGAAAUUGAAACUAAACCUACUACAGAACCAAAUACUCCAACACAGGAGACUUCCAUCGGUGGUAUAGAUAGUCCAUCUACCUCUAGCUCAGAGGUCAUUAAAUCACCACCCAAUCAAUCCAAUAGUCUAUUAAACUCUACACCAGAGAUUAAAAUUACAGAGAUUGUAUUCAAUAUUGAACAGUUGGAAGUUAUCAUUCAAAAAGGAAAGGCAAAAUGGUUGUACAAUCUCAUUAUUAGCAAGUUUUCAGAGACAAUUACAACCACUGUCGAGACUAGAAUCAAGAAUACUAUCACUCAACAUCUAAAUACACUCACUACCAAAAUUAACGAAUUGGUUGGUGAGUAUUGGCUUAAACUUGUAUCUAAAUUUACUCCUUCAAACUCUCCUCAAACUGAUAAAAUUACAACCAUUGAAAAUACUCAAGAUGAACAAGAGCAAGAAAAAGAAGAGGUUGACAAAAAAGUAGAUAUUAAUAUGUUAUCAAUUACUGCUGAAUCUUCUUCUUAA